UGCUGGUCCCUGGUCCAGUCCAGUCCCAGGUGGUAGAGUACAGUGUGGAUGUUUCUCUACCGGAACACUUCAUCCUGCCUCAUACCAUCACUCUGCCUGUGGCCAGGGACGCACGGGUCACACAGGACAACCUCACAGACUCUGAGGUAGUGAUGGUACCACUGAGGUUCCAUGCCCACGUGGCCGGUCGGUUCCAGUGCCAGCUGGUUCUGCAGUCGUGGCGUGACAUCAGAGUCUACCUGCUGGAAGCCGUGGUUACCGCAGAGGGAGACCACGCCCAGCUAGAGUUCACCACGCCCGCUCACCUGUCUGUCACUCAGGACAUCCCUCUGAUCAAUGAGAGCAGACAGGACUGGCGUCUGCGAGGCUUGGUUAGUGGCUGUGGCUUCUACGGCCCUCCUGUGGUGUACAUACGGGCCGGGGAGAAGACCUGUUACCCCCUUACCUUUAGACCCACCACACAGAGCAUCGUCACGGGCAGGCUGUCCUUGCUGAAUGACACAGAUGGGACGGAGCACAGCUUCACCCUGAGAGGGGUGGGGGAGCGGUCCCUACCCCUGGACCACGUGGUGAUACACUGCUCUGUCAGACAGGUCACACACAGCACCCUGCAGGUCCCCAACUACAGCCAGCACCCCCUCACCUGUCAGGUGGUAUCAGACCUCUCCAUCGUCAGUGGACCGCCCACCUUGGACAUCAAACCAGGUCACACCGUCCCCUACACCGUGUCUGUGUCACCAUGGAAACGAGGGAAACAUACAGGGUCCAUGUCAUUCCUAGCCGUGGAGAGUGAGACAGGAACAGGGAAUGAGUCCAGGCAAUAUGAGGUGUGGUUCUCUAUAGAGGUCAUAUGUGAUCCUGCUCCUCCCCUGAAGGUGCUGGCUGUGCACUGUGCUGUUCAGAGCUCUGUUGCCGUGGAGAUCGCCCUUAGUAAUCCGGAGGCGGAGCCGCUUGAGCUGUGGGUGUGUCUGGAGGGAGAGGACCUGAGUGGAGACACCCUGGUGUGUGUCCCUCCCCAGAGCAGUCUCAACUACACAGUCACCUUCUCUCCUGCUGUAGUAGGGAAGAGAACAGACAGUGUGGUCUUCCAGUCGGAGCUGGUGGGAGAGUUCUGGUACCAACUGGACCUGCUGGCCCAACCUCCUGUCCUCACCACCUUACCACAGAGCAGCUGUGAACUGGGAAAGUGGACCAGGCUGUACAUCCCACUGGUCAACCCCACAGACGAGACACUGGAGCUGGGCACGGUCAACAGCAACCUCGCAAUUUCACCCUGGAGCUGGACACCAGCAGACCAGUUACUCAUCAUAGCACCACACUCGUCCACCCAGGUUCCUGUCCGUUUCAGCCCAUCAACCAUCGGAGCUGGAAACCACACAGCCAAGAUCUCCUUCACCUGCUCUCAGUUAGAACACUGGAGCUUCCAGCUGUGUGGUGAAGGCCUGACCCCUGGGAGGAUGGAGCCUCUGUCUGUAGCCUCCCCUGUGGGAUCUCAUUCCUCCAUCAUCCUCCCCUUCAGGAACCCUACUGAACACCCAGCCCUGCUGCACCUCAGACUCACAGACGAAGAGCCCGGUCAGAAGAGAUCAAGCCAGUCCUUCAUCUGUGACAGGAAAGUGUUCUGCAUCCCCUCAAACAGACACAAGGUGUGCGUGUGUCUGCGGGGGCCAGUGUGGACAUUCCUGUGGUGUUUGCCCCUGACUCCAUGCAACUGCACCAGGCCUGGCUCCUGGUUCAGCUAG